CGUCAUUUUACAGUAAUUAUGUAUCAAUUAGUCGAAACUGGUGCUGUGAUAUAGUUCUGUCUACAAUGCCUCUGUCCAACUACCAGAAAGCUAUAGGUUAUAUAUCAGGAGUUUUGGGAACUCUGCAAGCAAUAAUAUGGUUCAUACUUUCACUACUCUGCCUAAUCUAUUAUUACAAAGACAUAACCAUUACAUCACGUUCCUUAUCUAUUCUUGAAGCUAUCUACGUGAAAUUUUUAGAUCCCAAUUUUUUCUACUGGCAUUAUUCUUCAGACGACGUAAUCAUCGAACCUGCAGCUUUUGCUGCCUAUAACUGGGUGUACAUCUUCAUUGAUGUUCUCUGGUUUGCCGUUUCUGUAAAUCAAAUUAUUGAUUUUUCUACAAACUCUAAGGGGUUGUAUAAGUCGAUACGGUCUUUCAUUGCUGCCACAGUAAUCGUCUCAGUACUUGAUGUCAUUUUUGUGGUUUCUCUUGGAAUAGAUUAUAAUGAAACUUGUGUUAACUCUGAAUGGGAGCUUAAUACAGAGCUUUGCGACAAAGCGCUCAUUCCGGUGUUAAUAAUUAGUGCCAAAGUGUUUGUUCUGUGGGUACUGAACGUAAUUUUUGUUUACAUGCUAAGACAUAUAGCUACGAAGUUACAAAUGGAGAUAUUAGAAGUGGGUUUGCAAACUUGGACUGUCACGCCCGUUACGAUAUAUAGCCCGGAACCUCCACCUCCUCCUGUGAAUACACUGAUUGUAGAAGAGACUAUAGUUGUUAUGGCAGUUCAAGCUUCCGUCGAUAGCCCCACUUCAGACACUUUAGAUGGACGAUAUAGAUAUUAGCUGUAUCAUUAUAUGCCAAAGCUGAAAUGUGUUUGUCUACUAUUUUAUGCGAUUUUUUAAUAAUAUGAUGGACGUACUA